AUGCGGGUGGCGUAUUCGCGAGCGCCGGACGCCACCCGCUCCAGUGCGUCGUCCUCCUCGUCCACCCUGACCUCUUUUUUGAGCAAGUCCUCAGAACGACCAUAUCGCACCAUCACUGUCAUCAUCCUACUCCUCACAGUCUUGCUGAGUCUUGGAGUGCUUUUGGGACUCUUUGACAGCUUCAUUUUGGCGAUGUUUCAACCGAAUUUUGAGAGCGAUGAGUUUGAUGAGGCUGAAGAAAAAUUUGAAAAUUUCAGCGAAAUCCGAUUUGAGCGAGUUUUGGAGCCAAAUGACAUAAAAUUCACUGUAAGUUGGGAGGUGGGACUGAAUUAACUGGAGGAAAAGUGAAAAAAAUACGUGGAAAAGUUGACACACGUGUGUCGGGUGUUUCACACGAAAUACAAUUUCUUUUUCCAAGUUCGGAAUUCCAGGGAAUCAAGAAGGUGAAUUCGUAAUCAUUUGACAAAGGUUUAAUUAUCUUAUUAAUUCAUAAAGAAUAGGUAAAAUUAUAAACAACAUCUAAAAAAAUCAAGAAAACAAAAACAUCAUUAUACGUCUUCGGAAGCUUUUACGCCGGGCACUAUAACUUCCGUUGGACCUUUCUGCACCACAAUGACCAUCGGCUACCAUGACACUAGCCUGUCCACGAUGCUUUGGAGUAUAUCCCGUCGGCGAAGUGAGCCAGCUCGUGUAUCACAACUCCAAGCACGAGUCUGCCACCAGAUUCAACAAACGGGACGUUUGUUUAGGACGUUCUUGUGCGUACACCAUUAAUGUUGACCUCGGAACGAAUUCAAACCUUCUGAAGACCAUCCGCCCAGACGCUAGUAUUGAUACAGUACCACCUCUUGGACCUCUUGAGGCGAUGUACUCCGUGGCGGCUGUUCGGGCAACCGCUGUAUUGCACCCGCCUUCUAUAUAUAGGUCCUCUUCAAAAAGACGGUCGGGUAUUUCAUACUGUCGUUCACAAACUUUGGGUCCACCUCUAAUCUCUGUGUUUGGGCAUCCAGUUCGACCUACCGUGACAGUCACCUGUUCGCGAUGCUUUGGAGUAUAUCCCGCCGGCGAAGUGAGCCACCUCAUGUAUCACAGUUCCAAAGAAAGAACCUGCCGGCCGGUAAUCUCAACAACGGACGGCCUUUGUAUUCCUCACGCCUUCCAUAGAAGGCUUCUAGCGAUCAAUCCCCCAGUCCCAAAAAAAUUUCAAUUUCCUUGCCAAUUUUAACAAAAAUAUCUCAAAACUUUCUCAAAUAUAAAGCUCUUCCCCGUUUUUUCGUACUUUAUCUAAACUUUUCUUUUUCAGGACGAUCUCCUUCAUCUAGGUCAUUUGCCUUUUCAACGGGUCAUAGCCUCGGCGCCAGUCACCGGACAAUUUCCAAUAUCAACAACCACGGACCCCAUCUCUAGUCAAACCCCAUCUCAACCCGAAAUGAUAACGAGUACGCCGAAAUUGAGCGAAAAAUCGACCAAAAUCCAAAGAAAUUUCACUUUUAAAGCAACUUUUACGACCAAAAGCAGUGCAAAAUUGGAGAAUUUGGUGAGUAAAUUUUUUUUGGGCUUGGUAAUUGCUGUGGAGUAACAAACAAAAUAACUUUUUUCGGUUUUUUCUUAUUUUUAUUUUUUAUUUUUUGAUUUUUUUUUGAGUGCCGUAUUUUAGCCCAAACCUGUGUGGAGAAAAACCCCUGAAGAAUUGGCCUCCGAAUUAUUGGCAACCACAGAUCUGGAAGUCAUAAAUCAAGCGUUUGAGGAGAUUCGAAGCGGCGAGAAACAAGUUUGGAGUGCCCAAAAUAACACUUUUGUAAUUUUUUUGUUUGGUUGGCCGUUUUCUAAUUUUUAUCCUUGUUUUUCCAUUUAUUUUUGCUGCACAGUGCAGAAAAAAUAUUUAAAAAAUUUUUUUGAGACUUCACUGCAAAAUACGAAAAGCUUUUUCUACACCGUGCAAUUUUUUAACUCAAAAUUUUUGAAAAAAAAAUCCAUUUCCUACCUCCAAUUUCCCUGAAAAUCUCAAUUUUUCAGCCUCCAAUCAUUGUCACCGCUCUCUUCGACAUCGGUCGCGGCGAUUGGAUUCAAUUUACCCGCCCGUUCGACCUCUACCUCGAAUCUCUCAACCACUUAAUCCGAAUGCCAAAUCCUAUAGUAAUUUUUGGAGACGAAAAAGUUGCGCAAUAUAUCAAAAUCUACCCCGAGGAAAUUCAGCGUCGCAUUCAGAUGGUGACCAUGCGUUUGAAGGACCUGCCCUUCUACGGGCAUCGGCGCGAGAUUGCGGAGAUUCUGCAAAACGAACAGGAGAAUUGGGAUGAGAAAUGGCCUUCGCGGUUCCGGACACACCCGGAGGCGUGGAGUGCGGACUACAACAUUGUAGUCAACUCCAAGUCGUAUUUCAUGUACAAAGCGACGCUCAUCUCCAAAUUCAAGUCCAAUUUUUUCGCUUGGAUCGAUGCGGGAUACAGUAAGUGUAGUGCAAUAUACAUAUGUAAUAAUUUUUUUAGAAAUACCAUUCUGUCAUUAUUUUCCCGACAGGCCCAUAAAAAAAAUUUUUUUGAAAUUAAAAAAAAUUUUCUCUCAAUCUUUUCUAAUUUAUCUGUAAAACGGUCUAAAAAAUUUAUUUCAGGUCACGGCGAACGUGACAAAAUUCCCCGCUGGACUUGGCGUCCAAAGCUUCCACAUGGAAAGAUAACCUUGAUCCAAGUCAGUCCGCCGACCGAGAAAAUUGAAAAGUAAGUCCGCUGAGAGCGAUCGCAUUUUGGUCCCUUCCGAACGCAAAAAUUCUCAUUCUCCCAUCUCAUCGUUUCCCAAUUCCAGAUACGAGUUGUCCAAGGUCUACCGGCAGACUCGAGAUGUCAUCAGUGGCGGUGUCUUGGCCGGCGACACUCCAACCAUCAAAAGAUUCCACGUUUUCUUCCUCAAAACCUUUGUGGAGCUCUUGGAUGCGGGGAAAGUUGAUGACGACCAGACAACCCUACUGUUCACCAUCAAAAACUACCGCUCCACGUUCAAUAUCCUGCAUGGAGGCUGGCUGGAUGCCUUCAAGGUCAUCCCCAGAGAGCCGUUUCAGCGACAGCGGAAGCGAUUCGCCAAUCGCCUCUUAUAA